GGCAGCGCUCAGGCCUUCAGGCACAGAACGGCUCCAUUCUGCCUGAUAAAAGAGUAAAGAAGAGGAGGACCGAGAAAGAUAGCCUUUGGAAGCUGUGUGAAGCCUGGGAGGGGGACACUGCAGGGAAUCCCUAAAGAGAAGAAGAAAGAAGAAGAGAAUAGUGACAAUAAGGGAAGGAAAGGACUAAGAGGCAGAGCUGGAGCUGGUGAAGAAGAGGGAUUUGUUUCAGGCAUUGCCAGGGGAGGUCCUUGACAGGAUCAGGCAGAGCCUGGUUAUUGCAGGGAGUGGUACAACUGUCAUGACAGCUCCCCAGCACAAAGAGCAGACGUGCAGUGGGAGACACAGUUCUGUAGUGCAGGCUCCCCAGCAAACAUAUACUCCAGGAGCCCUCUGCCUUUAUUUACGGUGAUCAUUUGUGCCACUGAGACGGAGCUAUAGUCAAAACUAAAGAUGCCGCUCUUCUUCCGUAAGAAGAAACCCAGCGACGAAGCUCGGAAGCGCCUUGAAUACCAAAUGUGCCUGGCAAAAGAAGCUGGUGCUGAUGACAUUCUUGACAUAUCCAAAUGUGAACUCUCAGAGGUUCCUUAUGGGGCCUUUGCAACUUGUAAAGUCUUGCAAAAAAAGGUGCUGAUUAUUCAUACCAAUAAUCUGACAUCUUUAGUUCCAAAGUCCUGCAGCCUCCUGAGUCUCAUAACUGUGAAGGUUCUAGACCUGCAUGACAACCAGCUGGCAUCGCUUCCUGCUGAUAUUGGUCAGCUGACGUCUCUUCAGGUCCUAAACCUUGAAAGGAAUCUUUUAAAAUGUCUUCCACAAUCUAUAGGAGACCUUGCCCAGCUCCAGAUGCUCAAUGUGAAAGGUAACAAGCUGAAGGAGCUGCCGGCUACUGUGAGCGGCUUGCGGAGUUUGCGCACUCUGGAUAUCAGUGAGAACGUGCUGCAAGAACUGCCGCGGGUGCUGGCUCACAUCCGCACGCUGGAGACGCUGACCUUGGAUGCUUCUUCCAUGACCUACCCAUCACCUGAUAUUUGCAGUGCCGGUAUAGAGUCCAUUCAGCAGUUCCUCUGCAAAGAGUGUGGAAUCGCGUACUACCCUCCCUCGCAGUAUCUGCUCCCUGUGCUGGAGAGUGAUGGAGGAGGAACAUCGGUGGAUGGGGUGGACAGGGCAGUGCAUAAGUACUUGGAGGAGGAGAGCGAGUGGCAGAACAAAUUCUUGGAUUAUGAGAAGAGGAAGGAAAAAAAAGUGCAGGAGAAGCUGGAAUUUGAGCGGCGCCUGAACAUGGGGCAAAGAGAACAUGCUCUGCUUGUUCAGCAGAUCAACAGUCAGAAGGAUGAGAUCCUGCAGACAGUGAGAGAGGACCAGAUGAGGCUGGAGGAAGGUCUCACAAAGCACCAGCGCUAUUUGGAGGAGGAGCGCCUGAAGCUGCUGCAGCAGUUGAAGCAAGCGGAGCAAGGCAUUGCCAGCCGUAUCCAGAAGCUGCUAGAGGACAACCAGAGGCAAAAACAAAGUUCAGACAUUCUGAAAUCCUUGGAGAAUGAGAGAAUAAGGAUGGAGCAGCUGAUGGCGAUAACACAGGAGGAGACGGAGCAUCUGCGCAGAAGGGAAGUGGCCUCUGCCAUGCAACAAAUGCUGGCCGAGAGCUACAAGAACAAGCUCAUCCAAAUGACCUACGAAUCUCGUCGGCAAGACCUUGUCAGCCAGGCCUGCUCCAGCCUAGCUGAGAUGGAUCAGAAGUUCCAGCAAAUCCUGGCUUGGCAACAGCUGGAUCAGAACAAAGCUGUUAGUCAGAUCUUGCAGCAGAUUGAGAUGCAGAAAGCUGCCUUUGAAGCUCUCCAGGUGAAGAAGGAUCUUAUGCACAGGCAGAUCAGGAACCAGAUUAAAUUAAUAGAAACAGAGUUAUUGCAGUUGACACAGCUGGAGUUAAAGAGGCAAGAACUGGACACAGAGACGCUGCAGGGGGUGAUCACAGAGCAACGCCAAGCACUCGGCUACCUGCUGCAGCAGCUGCUCAAAGAAAAGAAGCAAAGGGAAGAAGAACUGCGACAAAUACUGCUGGAAAUGGAGGCAAAGAGCGAAACCAAACAGGAGAACUACUGGCUGAUCCAGUACCAGCGCCUGCUGAACCAGAAGCCCCUCUCCCUGAAACUCCAGGAGGAGGGCUUGGAGCGGCAGCUGGUGAACCUUUUAAUCGAGCUGUCUGCUGAACAGUACGUGCCAGUCUUUGCACGCCAUCGAAUAUCCUUGCAAGCGCUCAGCACCAUGACUGCCAGUGACCUGGAAAAGAUUGGCGUGAUGGAGGCUGGCCUGCAGCGUGCCAUCGUCAAGCGAGCUCAGGAGAUCCUGGCUGUGGCCAAGACGAUCCCAGAGCUGCUGAGGACGGUGGACGCCGAGGUCCCUGCAGCCCCAGAACCCAGCGCUCCCUUCGAGGAGCCUCCGAGCCCGGUGGUCCCGAUGGCUCCCCCGCUGCAGUGGGACGAGAAGAAGUCGGAGUGCGUUGUCUGCAUGGAGCGGGAGACCCAGAUGAUUUUCCUGCCCUGUGGCCAUGUCUGCUGCUGCCAGACCUGCUGCGAGCGGCUGCACACUUGCCCCCUGUGCCGCAAGGACAUCACACAGCGCAUCCGCAUCUUCCACAGCGGCUAGGCAGGGUGGAGGAAGGCGAGGCUGCCCGGCAUCGCCUCCGUCACCCCUUCCCAGGGCGAUGCCCCUCUUCUACUCCGUGUCAGUAUUAAACAGACACUCACACAGCAUGACCAGCACUGCCCUCCCUGUCCACGGCUCUGGGCUGGCUGCCGGCUGCACCCAGGAGUCUCGGCAUCCUCCACGUUCCCUGAUGGCUUCUCAGCCUCUGCCUUGGGUUCCCUUUUCAUCUGCGUCCCCUCUUCCUGCCUGCCCGCCCAAUGUCCUCGUGCCUGGGAGCACUGGGUGAUGGAACUGGGUGCAUCUGUGGCCCCUCCUCUCCGGCUAAUGUAUUUGCCUUCAGAAAUGCCCCUCGCUCAGCAGGGACACAGUUAGCGCCGUCUCUGAAGCCACCGUGACCGUGCAGCUCCCCCCCUGCGGCCGGGGCACUGCCAUGCUCCUGCAUUGAGCACUGUCGCCCAGAGGUGGGUGAAUCUCCCAUGGGAGGACUCGGCCAGGCGCCUGCGAUGCUCUGGGGUGCUGACAGUGCCUUGCACCUAUGUCAUGCCAAAGGUCUGGGGCUUCUGCUCUGGCGACGCACGGGAGCGUGGCUGGGGCUGCAGCCACGGGCAGCGGGUGCCAGGGCAGAGCGAGGAGCUCCCCGACCCCUCAUUCGUGCUGCUGUUGUAGGGGAGAGUCUGCAGCGGCCCCAGCUCCAGGACUCGAAGGACCUGCUCUGGCCAGAAGAGCCUGGUGGGAUCCCUCAUCCAAAAAACACGUUGGGGGCAGAAAGCGUUGCUGCCACCCGACAGCCAGCACAAGUCCCGCAGUGAGCGGGGGGCUGGGGCUGUGCCCGGCGCAGUUCCGCAUCGCCUCCGUGCAUUGGCGUGCGAGUAGUUCUCCAUCGUCAUUAAUAAGUAACGAUCCCUGUCUGUCUUUCGUCUCUUGACCUUGAAGUAUAAAAUGCAGAGAUAAGCCUGGUCCUACCGCAGCCCUUCCCCCAGGAGAAGCUAUUAAAAAGCAGCUGGU